AUGACAACGCACCAAAAUCCACUACCAACAGGCGAAUUACCAAAUCAUGACAACAGAGCCAUGAAUCUAACUAAAAACAAAAAUAAAGCCACAAAACCAAACUCUCAGAGCCUCAAACACAAAUCGAUAAAAGCUAAAAAGAAGAAAGCUAAUACUAAAAAGAAGAAAAAUGAUGAAGAGAAAAGAAUGUUAGCAAAAUGCAAACCAAAACAAGAAGCAAAUAAAACUAUACUUUUCAGAAAAGGCCAAGAGACACCACUUAACACUAAAAAAUGCAUUGGUGAAGUGGUUAAAAACUAG